CGUUUUGGAAUAGUGCGAAUAGACUUUUAGAAUGUUGAACUGUUUGUUUGGCUUAUAUUGAGCGCUUUGAUCGUCCUUCUAUUCUAUAUUCUUGUCACUGGUCUGCUGUAUGCUGUGAACAAGGAUCGAUAAUAAUGAAAUAUUAUGACGACUUAUUAAAACAUUUAAUAGAAAACAUCGAUCACUAAAUUUGGAAUGUUGAUUGCCUUGUUGUCACAUCAAGAACUCGAACAAUCCCAGCAGAACCUUGUAAUUUUUAUGUACUUGUUGUUUUUUGGACUCCAUUUUGAAAACAAUGCAACAGUGCAACUGUGCCACAUCCAGCUCUAUUGAACUCGUUUAUAAAUCAACAAAUCUUUGAAUGUUACUUAAGUUUGUCACUCAAGAUAAAGUUUUUCGAGUACCAUUUCAUUCUCAUGAAAAUUAACUUUUUUAACGGGAGGGUCACUUCAGCUCAGUAAAAUUUGUAAUACACUGAUGCUUAAGUUUGUAUUGAAUUUCAACAAAACCGCAGCGAAAAGUACGACUAUGCAGAGCUCAGUCAAUCAAAUACCGAUGCUUGUACCCGCAAAUUCGAAGGUAAACGGCUUUAUACUGAGAUCACGUAUGGGGAGCAAAUUAAUACCGAUAUGCAUCGGUGGUGGGUUGAUGUUGUAGUACAACAUCACUGUUGACACCUAAGACAAGGUUCUACCGACUUUGUUGAAAUGACGUCAGUGAAAACUGAAUACAGCAACGAGAAAUUGUUUUAAUCGUAUUUGGUUCUGGAACAGUAAAUUUAUACUUGAUAAAUUUAAAAAAGCAUGAUAAUGCAAAACCCCAUUCAUCAAAAUUUUGAAUACAGAUUUCUGUGACUUCAGUUAUCUAUACUAUCAUACAAACUGAAUCAUAUCUUCUCAGCAGAACAAACUCCGUCGAUCCCACGGUACGCCUCCACUUCCUCGUUUUCGUACCGACCAGGUUCGACGAUCAAACCACUCAGCCUUGGCACCCGGCUUGCAUUCAACACUCAACAGUAAUAAACUUAAUACCACUAAUGUGGUUUCAACUUUUCCAUAUUGGAUCAGAUUUCUAUCGCAUAUAUAUCGUUCGUCGUAGAUCAAUGGUUGGCAUCUUUCAACCAAGGCCAACAAAACAGAACGUUACGCGUGGUGCGGAGUAGUCGCCAAACGGCAAAAUCGGUGAGGAGAGGGAAGUUUUAUUGAGGUACACGUUGGUCAACAUGACAAGAAGGGAACCAGCGAGUGAUACAAUCUAAUCACGAUUUUCUCGCACGUUUCGGUACAGCAGUAACCUCAAGUGGAUGAUUUUUUCGGCAUCAAAAAAUGCGCUGCCAGAUAAUGCCUUCCUGUACGAUAAAUUAAGCUGCAGGGAAAUGCGGCGGCUCGGUUUAAACUUCUACCAUCGUACGAACCGAGCACGGAGUAGGGAACGUGAAAGUGAUGUUGAGAAGUUAUAGUUUUUGAUUGAAGUGAAAAUAAGCACAGUAAAUUUGAUGCGGCGAUGCGUGAUUUGCCGAAAAGUACAACUCACGUGGUGAAAAAGGCUUCGGACAUUUUUGUCUCCGGAGAACGAGCCUCGACCCAUUUGUAUAGGUCGGGAAAAUUCCAGUUGACCAGCAAAGCGGCCCACAGUAGCAGUAGAUUGAAUCGCUUCUCGGAAGGAAUAAAGGCAUCUCCUACCCGACAGUCUUUGGUGGGUGAGUCGAAUUCAUUCCAUCUGACCAGCUCGGAUUCGGAGGUUGAUGGACCUCAGGAAUUAAAAGCAGAUGAAGGCAGCGAUGAAGUCAGUAGCUCCGGUUCGUCCACCAGUGAAGUUGAGAUGGGCUGUGGUGAAGACUACGAUGAUGACGACGAUGAUGAUGAUGAUGAUGACUUCUGUUCUAUAGAGCGAGCAAUUUCUGCUGAAGACGGGAACGAUUCAUCAUUGGUGAUGAAGACAAAUGGGAGCAGGGAGAAUAAUUUAGCGAUCGAGGAUAGCAAGAUACCAAGAUUAAAGAAGCAGCGCGAUGGUAACCAGAAAGAUGAAUCUUCGUGUCGUGACACUGACUUUACUUGGGUCAACUCCCGAAACGAGGCUCCAAAAGCAUCGAUCGAUUCGGAUCGUAGAUCUACUUCGUACACUACAGUUGGUGGUCGGUCUGUGAGAAGUCGUACCGGCGGUCAAGAACUUAGUACUACAAAUGUUGGACCCCUAACUCCGGAGUCUCCGUUAGCUCCCAGUUGUGGUAAACCUCCACGACCUCUGACUGGCAGUUUGGAUCGCCGGCGCCACAAUCUAGGUGCCAGUCGUCAUGAACGUGAUGCCAAAAGCCGUAGUACUCACUCACUAAAGGACAAAUCGUCUUCAUCGGACUUGCCCAAACCAGACUCUCAAUCGAGCUGUCUAAGUUUGAACUCUAAAGAUAAAGCAGCACCAAAACGUAUUGGGCAUGGGAAAAGUUCAGUUGAUGAUAAAUUUUGGAUUUUUGAAGAACAUCAACAUGACUCAGGUAACUACAAUAACUACAACAGCAGUGGAAGUAGUCAUCAUCAGCAACACGGUAACAGUAGUAGACAAAGUCCGGGGAUGUGGGAGCUUCCACCUCCGCCACCGACUUCACACUGGGACCCGCACUACUACUGGAACUGGAAUCACCAGAGCCGGGAGGAGUUGCUCCUAAUUGAUUAUCACCGGAGGCAGCAGGAAAUGUACCGAUAUGGAAGCAAUGGGGCUCUCAGUAGUAGUCAGGAACUGCCUUGUUCCAGUGGCUGUUGCAAUCGAGGAUACUAUCAACCGCCUCCUCUUCCUCCUCCUUGUUGCUCUUGCGAACAUAGCCGGAUGAUGUGGGGAAAAGAUUGUCAGCGACAAGACACAGACGAACGACUUCGUCGAUUACAAACGGACAAGGAAGCGCUGGCCCUUCAGGUUAAGGUACUAACCGAACAGAUCCAGACACAGAGUACCAAGAUAACGGAACUGGAGCGAACGGUAUACGACAAGAACAAGCUCCUUUCGAAUGCGGACGAUCUUUUGCAGCGAGUAAGCGAAUUUGCCAAAACAGUUGGCAUCCAGAUUGACAAACAGAAAGAAAUGCUAUCCCGAUCUUCGCUUGAGACGCAAAAACUGGAGUUGAUGUCAGCCAUGAGUGAGUUGAAACUGCAGCAAGCGGCCUUGGAACGUGAAAAUCUUGAGCUUCGAUCUAGUCUGGUCAACGGUGGAUCACUUAGUAAUGGAAAUCUGAACGGAACUUUCCUGAGCAGUAGUACGCUCAACAACAAUAACAUCACAGCCAGUCUAAUCCGGCGAGCAACACCGAUGCUCGGUACUGGACGAAUAGUAACUUCUACACCGGGUAACUCGAUUAAUUCAUCACCUUUACAUCACGGUAGUCACGGUAGUCUUCCGCAGCAGACUGGCACUACCUUACCUAGUCCAAGCACACCAAAAACCCCACCAGCAUCCUACCGGCAGCGAGUGGAUGUACACUAUGCCAGUCUUCCACGGCAAGCAUUUGCAACGACCCUAUCAACAGUCAGUGGAUCGAGCGGCAGUUCUGGUAUGAGCGCCACAGCUAACGGUUCCUCAGGCAUCGAUACUAAUGCCAAUCUGCGACGCAACGUAGCAUUCGCAAUCGCUCCCACUGUCGAUGUCGAGCGGAAUGAUUCAAAGAAAUCAGCUUUCAGUAUGUCUUCAUCGAUGAAUGCUCUAUCCCUAUCCUCUGCGCUUGGCUCCAAUCUGAAAGGUCUCAAACCAACUUCCGUUUCGGUGCAGAACAUUCACUCCUCGGAGUCGGGUAGUCUAUCUCGCGAACAGCUUGUUGACCUCGAUCAGCAGCAUCAGGAACGGGCAACAACUGAACCGCCAGCCGGGUCAACCACUGUCGUGGAAGUCCCAAAAUCUCCGCGGGAUGCUCGAAUAGUGGCUAAGAGUACUCCUACUAUACUGGAGGGCGGGUUGCAACCGUAUUUCCCCGUCGUGGCCGACAGCACGAACGCCAUUGAUCGACCGCAGAUGGUUGCUAAAAUACGUGGAUUUUCCGUACCAAAUCUAGCGGACCCGGGAACCACUGCUAGCGAGCGAACUGACGACGUUGCAGCAAACCAACUCAACUACACCUCGAAUCCCACCCCUUCGCCAUCUAUGAGUCACAAAAAUCUGAAGGGAUUGCGAAAUAUUUUCGGAAAAAUCAAGCGAAGUAAUAGCGGUACGUUGGAUGACGUACCAUCGGACGGUGAAUUCAGACGAGGUGGUAUUCGAGCGACAGCGGGACCUCGUCUAGGAUGGAGUGUUGAGUUCCGCAAACCAGACAAACCAUUUCGCGAGUGGAACCUAGAUACACUGUGUUUGUGGUUUGAGCAAAUGGGACUGAGUAUGUACGAGGAGGAGCUGCGUAGAUGGCUCAAGGUGGGUGGGGCUGCUGAACUGGCUCAGGCUUCACCGGUGGAUAUCGAGAAGGAGUUAAACUUGAAGAAUCCGUUACACAGAAAAAAGAUUGUCCUAGCAGUGGCCGAUAUGGCGGAGAGUGACGAAAGCGAUUCAAUGUUGAAAAAUUCUGGAAAACUGGACACUUCUUGGGUUAUUCGAUGGUUAGAUGACAUAGGUUUACCCCAGUACAAAGAGAGUUUCACCAUCGCUCGAAUGGAUGGACGCAUGCUACACAAAUUGACUAUGGAUGAUUUGGCUAACUUGCAUGUUACUUCCUGUUUACACGUAGUUAGCUUACGGCGGGGUAUUCAACUUAUGCGUGAAAAGAAAUGGAAUCCAGACUACCUCAUUCGUCGCUCCAAUCCCGAUGAAUCUUGCAGAAUAAAAGAUGAAGUUCAUUUAUGGAGUAGCCAUCGUGUUAUGGAAUGGCUCCGCGUGGUCGAUCUAUCAGAAUAUGCCCCAAAUUUACGUGGUGCCGGCGUACAUGGAGCCCUUAUGAUGUACGAGGUGAAAUUUACUGCUGAAUUGCUGGCUGAGUUACUUAGCAUGCCACCGAGCAAAACACUACUACGACGACAUUUGGCGACGCACUUUAAGGAACUACUUGGACGAGAUAUUAUUCAAGUCAAACGAGACGCUGAGAAUACUCUAGGAUUUCAGCCACUUACGUUAGCAGCAAAAAUUAAGACCCCUAAAAAGUCUCAAUUUUCACUUAAGCGCAAAAAGAGCAAGAGUCUUAAUGGGGACGAGUGGAGUGAUUACGUUUGUCCAAUGGGUGAUUCAGGUCAGGAACAUCUUCCACCGCAGCGGCAGCAUCCAUCAUCGUCACCGUCUGCAUCCGCUGCUGGUUCCGUUAAUUCUGCUGCUGUUGUUACUACUACUACUACCACCAGUGCCACUAGUGCCAACCGCCAUCACCACCAGCACCAAAGUCACAACUCACACACCACAAGUGCUUCCCUCUAUUCAACUAACACUAACCAUGUCACAAGCAAUUCGAUGGCGGCUACGACGAAGAUUCCCUACACCACCUACCCCGACAGCACGUUCAGCAGCAGCACCAACAGCAGCACCACGACUUCCGGAGCCGGGUCCGAAGUUGCUUCACAUCAGCAACUGCUGACUAAUGUCACAAGUAAUGCUGGAUCCGAUUCGCCUACGUCGACCCGGAGCUCGACAACGUCGACCUCCUAGCAGCGACUGAUCUCGGCGGCCUGCUCCGCUUCGUCGACCGGAUCCUCAUCCCCGAUACCGAGUAGCCUGAUGUCGAACAAAAAUAACUACUUUAUUGCAUCCUUCUCCCCGGUGAAGGAUGUUUAUAAAUCGGUUUCGACUAGCUCAAACUACUCUUCCUCGUCGUCCCUAGUGUCAACGGCAAGCUCUGCUAGACCACAGUCUCAGCAGUCACAGUCACAACAAUCACAUACACUACAACAACAACAGCAGCUAAGACAACAACAACAGCAACAACAGCAGGUUUCAGCAGAUGACAACACGGGAGUACCAGUUCAACGAUCAGCAUCAUUCAAUGCAACUUGUACAGUUCCGCUUAGUGUUAGUAAAACUACGCACGUUAAAAACUCCGCAUCCUUCAGUAGUUGUUCACUUCUGACGAAGGUUGCUAAAAAAUCAGGAAUCACUGGGUCGCUUACUGCCACUUCUCUGCUGAAAUUUUCCUCGUCAAAUUCCACUAGUAGCUUACAACAGCUAAGACAACAGCAACAGGCAAGUGGAAUUACAAUAUCCAGUAAUAUAACGGAAGCCUUGGCCAUGGCUGGUCAGAACCCCAACCCUAGCCUAUCAGCGUCCUCCUCUGGCCAGUUAAGAGCAUCACCAUCGGCUUCUUCGUCGACAUCACUUGCGUCGUCGACAAACUCAAUGGCAACAUCGGCGGCAGCUACGGCAACUUCCUCACCAGGCACCUCCGUUUCCAAUAGUGCUGCUCUUGCUACACUUUCUUUGUCUCAGUUCACCAAGAACAAUAUGGCUGAUUAUUAUGUUUAGUGUUAAAUAACCCUGUAGUGAUCAAGUUGUAGGAACAGAUAUACCGAAUCGUUUUAGAUAUAUCACGUGUUACGAAUGAUUUAUGUUGUUUUCCUUUCUAAAAUGCUUACUGUCUAUUGCUAAGGACGAAACAGGGAAGGCAAUGACAAAACCUUCCUUUCCAAUCUAUUUUGUAUUGUUAAAACGAAAAUCCUGAGCUAAGUAAAUCACGUAACUAUGUACCAUUGAGAGAAAAAAUCUACCGACUACCAUUGGGAACAAUAAUCCCCACUAAAAACGACCAGAUAUUUAUACUAACUAAUUUUUGGAUUAAUAUAAAACAAAACUAUUAUAUUGUGUACCUAUUGGGAGAGCUAGAAAAUGAAUAAUGUUAAAAAAACGAAGAAUUCAUAUCUUAUAGUACCGGUAAUAACACUCAUUCCCAGUUUCCCAGACAAAUCUUUAUAAUCUUAUUAAAACAAUAUGUAUAGGAUCGGCGGAACUCGCAUAACUAAUUGGAAAAAGAACUUAUUUAGGCUAGUAAUAGAUAGUGCCACAUCAAAAGGUUUGACAACGCGAUCUCCUGUUAAUCAGUUUGCAUUGUCAAACAUGGAAAUGUUUUCGAGAAUUAAACUAUGAUCAACGUUCACCAUUUUUAUUGAAUGUAAACUCUCACCAGAGUAUUUUUAAUUACGCCGUGAAAUGGACAGGGGAACAAUUGCGUUGAUUUUGGAGUAUCAAAACGUAGCCAAUAGCUACGAACACAGAACACAGAAUGACUAGCGACAAAGUAUUAAAUAUGUAGAAAUAAUCCAGAACCAGACCUAUGAAGUGAAUCGAUAAAUAUUUGAUGCCAAAGACAAUAAAGCAUACACAGUAAGUAAGA